AUGGACCAGAAAAAGCCAGUACUGGACACACAGAGAAGGGGCCUGAGGGGAAGCUGCUGCAAGGUGACCAUUGCUGCUGCCAUGGUGGGCAGUGUGACAGCCCUCUGCUACCUGGGGAUCCUGCUGGCCUGUCAUCCUGCCGGAGAGACCAGCUUUGAGCACACGGUGGAGCUGAGAGGAAUCACUUUCAACAGCAGCUUACAGAGGGAGAACUCCGACUACUACAGAGUGCUGACUCCCGCCCUCGAGAGGCUGUUUCUGUCCAGUGUCCAGAACUCCCAGCUGGACUGGAGCUGCACUGGUUGCACCAUCCUGGGCUACAGUGUGAUCGUCCGUUUCCGCCUCCGCUUCGCCCCCCAGGAUUCCCAGCCCCUGAGCUCCACCGUGGAGGAGGAGGCUCUCAGACAUGGGCUGGAGGCUGCCCUGCACAGGCAGGGUCUCUCCCUGGCUGCCUAUGGGACCAUUUCCUCAGCUUCCCUUACAGGUCCCAGUGAGGUUUCUGCCCACCGACUGGGACUGAAAGCAGACUGCGGGAGCCGCCCAGCCAUGCUGACUGCCAGCAGGAUAGUGGGAGGCUCGGAGGCGUCCAGAGGGGAGUUCCCAUGGCAAGUCAGCCUGCGAGAGAACAACGAGCACUUCUGCGGUGCGGCAAUCCUCACAGAGAAGUGGCUGGUGUCUGCUGCUCACUGCUUUGCCGAGUUUCAGGACCCAGCCAUGUGGGCAGCUUACACGGGGACCACCUCCCUCAGAGGCUCAGAUGGCAGCGCAGUGAAAAUGGGCAUCACACAGAUCAUCCCACACCCCUCCUACAAUGCCGACACGGCCGACUAUGACGUGGCCGUGCUGGAGCUGAAGAGACCCGUGAGGUUCACCAAGUACAUCCAGCCCGUGUGCCUGCCAGACGCUGGGCACCACUUCCCCGCCAGCAAGAAGUGCCUGAUCUCCGGCUGGGGCUACCUCAAGGAUGAUUUCUUGGUGAAACCCGAGUUCCUGCAGAAAGCAACAGUGGAGCUGCUGGACCAGACGCUGUGCUCCAGCCUCUACAGCCAUGUCCUCACGGACAGGAUGAUGUGUGCUGGCUACCUGGAAGGGAAAAUCGACUCCUGCCAGGGCGACUCCGGGGGGCCCCUGGUUUGCCAAGAACCAUCUGGCAAGUUUUUCCUGGCGGGAAUCGUGAGCUGGGGAAUUGGGUGUGCUGAAGCCAGGCGGCCUGGGGUUUACACACGUGUUACCAAACUCAGAGACUGGAUCUUGGAUGCUAUUUCUGCCUUCCCCACCUCCAUAGCCCGUCCUGUCCCUCCAAUACACUCCAGUACUAAUAGCAACGUAAGCAGCUAUGAAGAGCUCGACACCACGGCCACCGGAGCAGAACCCACCACUUUGCCAGCCCCAGCUGCCAGCAAACCAGCAGCUGCAUCGGCACCACAAGAGUGUGGAGGACGACCUGGCUUCUCUAAACCCAGCAAGAUCGUGGGAGGAACAGAUGCUGCCAGAGGAGAGAUCCCCUGGCAAGUCAGCCUGAAGGAAGACUCAAGGCACUUCUGUGGAGCCACCAUCAUUGGGGACCGCUGGCUGCUGUCGGCAGCUCACUGCUUCAACGAGACAAAUCCAGAAGAGAUCGAAGCCUACAUAGGAACAACAUCACUAAAUGGAACAGACGGGAGCGCAGUGAAAGUCAACGUAACGAGAGUGAUCCAGCACCCUCUCUUCAACCCCAUUGCUCUGGACUUCGAUGUGGCUGUACUGGAGCUGGCCAGACCUCUUGUCUUCAACAAAUACAUCCAGCCCAUCUGCCUCCCACUGGCUGCGCAGCAGUUUCCUGUCGGCAAGAAAUGCAUCAUUUCUGGGUGGGGUGACCUCCAGGAAGGGAACGUCACCAAGCCUGAGACCCUGCAGAAAGCCUUGGUGGGCAUCAUAGACCAGGAGACCUGCGACUUCCUCUACAACUUCUCCCUCACUGACCGCAUGAUCUGUGCUGGCUUCCUGGAGGGGAAGGUGGACUCAUGCCAGGGAGAUUCAGGGGGACCCUUGGCCUGUGAGGUGACCCCAGGAGUGUUCUACCUGGCCGGCAUCGUCAGCUGGGGAAUUGGUUGCGCCCAGGCGAUGAAUCCUGGUGUGUACUCCAGAGUUACCCACCUCAGAGACUGGAUCCUGGAUACCAUCUCGCAGCUGCCCAGUCCUGGCACAGGUUCCCCCUCCAGCUCAGCCAUCGCUGGAACUUCUGCCGCAGCCACCCUCACCCACCAGCCCAGCACAACAGCUCCCACCACCCUGGGGUUGGAGACCAGCACAGCCGUCACAGAAACCCUCACAGCUCUGAAAACCACUGAGCCUGCCAAGCCCACCCAAACUCCAGUGGUGCCUUGUACCAGCCUCACCUUCAAGUGCUCCAGCAAGGUCUGUAUUGGGAAAGAAAAUCCUGAAUGCGAUGGCGUUGUUGACUGCAGCAACGGCUUCGAUGAGCGCAACUGCGACUGUGGCUCAGCAACUGCUCCGGUCUUCAGCAAGAUUGUGGGUGGCAGCACUGCGGCUCGUGGAGAAUGGCCCUGGCAAGUCAGUCUCUGGCUUCGGCGGAAGGAGCACAAGUGUGGGGCUGUCCUCAUCGCCGACCGGUGGCUGCUCUCCGCAGCUCACUGCUUUGAUAUUUACAGUGACCCCAAAAUGUGGGUGGCCUUUCUAGGAACACCCUUCCUGAAUGGCAUCGAUGGCAAAAUGGAGAAAAUCUUCCGUAUCUACAAGCACCCUUUCUACAACGUCUACAGCCUGGACUAUGACGUGGCACUGCUAGAGCUGAGCGCGCCUGUCGCAUUCAGCAGCACCAUCAGACCCAUCUGUCUGCCAGACGUUUCACACGUCUUCCAUGAAGGAGCCAGAUGCUUCAUCACAGGCUGGGGCUCCACAAAGGAAGGAGGCCUCAUGUCGAAGCAUCUCCAAAAAGCAGCAGUGAACGUGAUUGGAGACCAGGCCUGCAAGAAGUUCUACCCGGUGCAGAUCAGCAGCAGGAUGGUGUGUGCUGGCUUCCCGCAGGGCACCGUCGACAGCUGCUCGGGCGAUGCUGGUGGGCCCCUGGCCUGUAAAGAACCCUCAGGGAAGUGGUUUCUCGCAGGAAUCACGAGCUGGGGCUAUGGCUGUGCCAGGCCAUACUUCCCUGGUGUCUACACCAAAGUCACAGCUGUGCAGGGCUGGAUUGCGCAGAACCUCAAGCUCUGAAGCUGCAUUUUGCCACUCAGGGAAGGCAACGAACGAGAGGAGCAGUUACCAGAGGAUGCACUAACCCCUCAGCUGUUGUACACUUGGUUUUGAUGCUGCAGAGGGGUGAAGAUGGCCUGCAAGUAUUGAGCAAAUGCCGGUGUUGUGUGACCCACUGCAGCUGGCACACCAGGGCAUUUGAUAACUGCUUUGCAUAGAAAGGUACAACUCUAGACAUUUUCUAUAAAUAAAUGAGGCCUGUCCCA